AUGAAUAAAAUAAACGAAAUACCCGACACCCCUCCUCCGGCUCUCCCGGAAACCCCACCGCCCGACACUCUGUCCAGCUCCAAACCAUCUACUCUCCGCCGUUCCCCAUCACCCUUUUCGGGCCCGGAAAAACCUCCGCGUAUCUUUACCGACGCCCACUCACCCAACGGGUCCAAAACGUCUCGCGACUCGUCUCCGACCCCAAGCAGCAGCUUUCAGACUCCUCCCGAGUCCUUGCAAAUUACAGAUGUUAACGCGACGCCUUCGUCAGCCGCGCUGGAGAAGUCUUCUUCCAGCACGUUGCUGACGCCUCCGGCUGACGUUUCGAGCAGUUUCUCGUCAAGCUUAUCUCCUCCGGAAGAGACCUCGAAAAGGCGGUCAGCCACCCUGUCGCAUCUCCCCCCGUCGGACGCGCCCGCAAAGCCCUCUCCCGACUCGCCGCAGCCGCCUUCCGGAAGCUCCUCCGCGCCGGACGCGCCCAAGAGGUCGUCGGCGGAGGUGCCGACGGUGUCGGUGGUGCCGGCGGACGGCGACGCGGCCGCCGACGAGGUGUUCCUGGAGUCCGGCGACCAGAGCACGACGGUGCUGCUGCGGAAGCCGUCGCAGCGCCGCAAGGAGCCCGGCCAGCCCGGCAACUCGAAGCUCAAGCGCGUCGUGUCCGCGCGCAUCGACCGCAUCGGCUCGGUGCUCUCGCGCUUGCUGGACCGCGACAAGGGCGCCUCUGCGGGUGACCAAAGUCCGUGGGUUCGUUUGAGACCAGCAUUGUUCGAUAUGACAGAAAUAAUGGAUCUUCAGAAAACAAAGAGCCUGUUGUGCCCUAUGGGUCCGCAUUUCUUCGUCGUUCCUUCCGUCAUACAUCAGCUGGUGCCCAACGACGAGCUGGAGUUCCACGAGCCGCGCUGCCCGUACCGCGUGUACAACUGCCUCAUCAACGUCGCGAGCGGCGUGCCCUGCAAGUGGGAGGGGCGGCGCGUGGACCUGGAGGAGCACGUGGCGGCCAUGCACCCGCGCUACUACUCGGCGCAGGAGACGACAAAGUGGCGGUGGUCGCCCAACCUGCUGGUGAAAAUGGAGGACUUCCAGCUGAUCUCCGCGUUCGGGGAGCUGUUCUGGUACUGCGCGGCGCAGGACCCGGAGCGCCUGCGCGUGUGCUGGUUCGUGCAGCACAUCGGCUACGACCAGGACUCGCUCAAGUACGAGUUCCGCUUCGCCUUCACGGACGAGGAGAAGGACCGGCGCCUGGAGCUGGCGUGCACCACCCUGCCCGACUACUCGUCCGUCGGCUCCAUCGUGGAGAGCGGCCGCUGCCUCGACAUGUCCUACCAGCAGGCCCUGUCCUUCGUGGACGAGGAGGGCACCAUCAAGUUUUCUGUCACCAUUUACAAACUGGAAUGAUGGCGCGGCUGAUGAAUGUGUCUUUGGGUAGGAUUAAUACCUUCAAGAACCCUAAAGAUGACCAAAGUAGGGGCCUCUUAAUAAUAUUGAAAUAAUGAGCCUUCGGGACUAAAACCGUAUGAAAAUAAAUUAGACCCCUUCAAUUUACAGAUUCAAUUUAUAUAUACUCAUGUUUUAAACUUCAAUUGAUUUGAAAAAACACAUUAUAAUACACUUUUUAAAACCGAAAUUAAAUUUAUUAUUCUUUACUAUUACAAUGAAACAAUUAAAUUACUUCUAUAAACUUUCGUUUAAAAAUUUAUAGGGGUCCCUAGGGAGGCCCUAGGCACAUACGUUGCCUGCUUAUGUGUUAAUCCACUCCUGGGGGAAACUGAGAGAAAUUUGGAACAAAGUGGGCUGGAGUAGCAGCC